AUGGCGAACCGACCAGAUAUCACGCUGUAUACCGCGCAGACUCCUAAUGGAAUCAAGAUCUCCAUUGCGCUGGAGGAGUUGGGACUCCCAUACAAGGUGGAGAGGAUUGAUAUCUCCAAGAACACACAGAAGGAACCCUGGUUCCUCGAAAUCAACCCCAACGGCCGCAUCCCCGCGCUGACAGACACCUUCACCGACGGCAAGAAGAUCAACCUCUUCGAAUCCGGCAGCAUCCUCACCUACCUCGCCGAACAGUACGAUACCGAGCACAAGAUCUCCUACCCCAAGGGCACGCGCGAGUACCACGACACCAUCAGCUGGCUCUACUUCCAGAACGCCGGCGUCGGCCCCAUGCAGGGCCAGGCGAACCACUUCAACCGCUACGCGCCCGAGCGCAUCCAGUACGGCGUCGACCGCUACAUCAACGAGACGCGCCGCCUCUACGGUGUGCUCGAUAAGCAGCUCGCCAACUCCAAGUCCGGGUACCUGGUCGGUGACCACGUGUCCAUCGCGGAUAUCUCGCACUGGGGCUGGAUCGCCUCGGCCGGCUGGGCGGGCAUCGACAUCGAGGAGUUCCCGCAUCUGAAGGCGUGGGAGGACCGGAUGGCGGCGCGGCCUGGAGUGGAGAAGGGUCGCCAUGUGCCCUCGCCGCAUACCAUCAAGGAGCUGCUGAAGAAUAAGGAGCAGAUGGAGAAGCAGGCGGAGGAGGCGAAGCAGUGGAUUCAGCAGGGUAUGAAGUCGGAUGCUAACAAGGCGAAGCAUUAA